AUGGAGCUUGUACUUACCGGACUAAUUGGAGAUGCCUGUCUGGUCUAUUUGGAUGACAUCAUCAUCGUAGGCCGUUCGUUUGAGGAACACUUUCAAAACCUGGAACGCGUGCUCAUGAAGAUCCAGAGUGCCAACCUCAAGUUGAGUCCAAAGAAGUGCUCACUAUUCAAACGGCAAGUUAGUUUUUUGGGGUAUGUAGUGUCGGAAGAAGGUAUCCGCACGGAUCCAGAAAAAAUUGCCGCUGUCAAGGAGUGGCCGGUUCCAAAAGACAAGACACAGGUUAGAGCAUUUUUGGGUUUGUGCUCUUAUUAUCGGCGAUUUGUGAAGAACUUUGCAGAUAUAGCCAAACCUCUGCACAAGCUAACCGAGGAGAAGCGACAUUUCUGCUGGGAUGAAAGUUGUGAUAUUGCAUUCCAGGAGCUCAAGAACCGUCUGUGCAAAACACCUAUUUUGGGGUACCCUGAUGCGGGCAAGGAAUUCAUAGUUGACACAGACGCAAGUGAUAUAGGACUUGGCGGUGUGUUGUCUCAACGGAAUGGUGAUCAAGAGAUUGUGAUAGCGUACAUCAGCAAGUCAUUGUCAAAGCCGGAAAGGAACUAUUGUGUCACAAGACGGGAAUUGCUUGCUGUGUUCAAAAAUCCGGAAGGACAAGUUGCGAGAUGGAUUGAACUACUGCAGGAAUACGACUUUGUGAUCGAUAAUCACAGCGGGAAAUCUCAUGGCAAUGCAGAUGCAUUGUCAAGAAGACCUUGCCCUGAAGAUUGCAAGCAUUGUGCUAGGCAAGAGGGUAAGGAAGUGGUAUCUGUGAGAAUGCUCAGUAAAGACCAGCUCAGCAAUGAGUGGAAGGACAGGCUACAACAUGCACAGCAGGAAGAUUCGGACAUUAAGCCGAUUCUGGAAUGGAUGAAGGCCAGUGCUCCUAAGCCCAAGUGGAGCGACGUCUCAGCAAUGAGUUCGACCACGAAAAGCUAUUGGGCAAAAUGGGACAGCUUGCCGAUUCAGGAUGGAGUCCUGUGCCGUAAAUGGGAAAAUGGUCGGGGAGACAGGUGUCAUUUGCAAAUGGUUGUCCCUAAGGCUAAAGUGCCGGAUAUUCUACAGCUGUACCAUAGUGGUUGUUCAGGAGGCCACCUGGGAGUUAAACGAACUCUCCUGAAGAUCCGAGAACGGUUUUACUGGGUCCACUGUCGUGACGAUGUCGAGAACUGGUGCCGCAAAUGUACAAGUUGUGCGGCUGUAAAGGGACCUCAGAUUCGUAGUAGAGGCGCAUUGAAAUUGUACAAUGUUGGUGCACCAUGGGAGAGGAUAGCCAUUGACGUUGCGGGGCCGUUUCCAGAAACUGAAUGUGGUAACAAGUAUUUCAUGGUUGUGAUGGAUUACUGUACUAAGUGGCCAGAAGUCUUCGCCAUUCCAAAUCAAGAAGCUUCAACAGUUGCAGAUAAACUAGUUCAUGAAGUCUUCUGUCGUUUUGGAGUACCUUUAGAGAUUCACAGCGAUCAAGGAAGGAAUUUUGAGUCUCAAAUAUUCCAGGAAACUUGCCGAGUUAUGGGUACUCAGAAAACACGAACAACUUCUUACCACCCACAAUCUGAUGGAAUGGUAGAAAGAUUUAAUCAGACAUUGGAGAGGUACCUAGCAAAAGUUGUGGAAAAACGGCAACGAGACUGGGACAGGCACAUACAACCGUUUUUGUUGUCAUAUCGAAGCGCUGUUCACGAAAGUACAUCAGUGACACCAGCUUCCACAAACUUUGGGAGAGAAUUGCGGCUGCCUGCAGACCUGAUCACCGGAAUACCACCUGAUGCCCCACGCAGUAGAACCGAUUAUGCAAAUGACUUGCGGAACAAAAUGAAUGACAUUUAUGAGCACGUCAGACAGACGGGCCAGCAAACGUCUGAGAAGAUGAAAACACGGUAUGACUGCAAAAUGAACAACAAGGGGUUUGAUGAAGGUUCACUAGUGUGGUUACACAAUCCAGUUCGCAGCAAAGGGAAAUCUCCUAAGCUUCAAGCUAAAUGGGACGGACCGUACCGGAUUGUGACAAGGAUCAAUGAUGUAACCUACCGGAUACAGAAAGGUGCCAGAGGUACUCCUAAGAUUGUCCAUGUGGAUCGACUGGCGCGUUAUUAUGGGGCCAAUAAUGCUCGGGACGAGCAUGUCUUAGGAGGGGGCAGUGUUGCGCCCACUAUUAAUGUCUUGUACAUGGCAACACUAGUUACACUAGCGCCCCCUAGUUUCGAGUAA